GCCGAUUCGCUUCCACCCUUGACAGAUGGUCCAUGCGUUUCGGCAAACAGCUUAGCGAACGACUAGCCCCCGUCUCUCCAGAUUCCAUCUCUAAGGAUGCCACUCAGAAAUCCUCGCCUGGUUCCCUGUCUCUCAGUGUUAUUUCCGAAGCAGGCUCAAAGCUGCAGACAGGAAUUACUGAAAGCACUAAGAUCUUGGGAUCAGGCAUUGUGGAUAAGGUAUCAGAAUUACCUAAGCCAGGGAUCGCACCUAAUUUGCUUACUCGCCUUGGACAUUCCGUACAAAACAUCGGCUCAACCGUCGGCAAUACAUUCCUUGCCACUUCUCCUGUGAAUCACGUAACUCGAGUAGGAAUGGGAGCCGCUACCUCAAGCCCAGAAGAAGAAGAUGGAAAGUCAAAUAAGAAGCAAGAAAUCUCACAUGAAAUCCAACCUGCUUUUGUGGUUGAAUGAAUAAUACAUGAAAACCUCAAAACCAGUUAUUCCUAGCAAGUCAAACGGUGCAAGCAAUACGAUCAAUUGAAAACCAAAGUGGAGAUUUUAUGUAACAUUGAAUUUCACUUUUGAUUUUUUUUUUCUCAACUCGUUUGGAUCAUUGCAUCAGUUGUACUUUAAUCAUUUUAAAUGUAUUUUCAACUUCAAGCUAUAUGGACCAUCUUCUCUUGGAAAAGCUUUGUGUGAUGUAUUAGAAUAUUUUUAUGUAGGUUCUUAUUAUCUAUAAGAUGGAGAUUAAUUGAGAAUACAGAUAGUAGUGGUUUG